AUGCAGAUGGUGUCUGUUCCAGCCCAAGGCUUUGGUAACUUUUUUGAGGGAGAUUGUUACAUUGUAAUUUAUGUGAGUGACAAGGGCUCAAGCCAGUCGGCUGACAUCCACUACUGGAUAGGGAACUCUUCCUCUCAGGAUGAGCAAGGUGCAGCAGCCAUCUACGUCACCAAGCUGGACGAGCACCUGGGUGGGAGUCCGGUCCAGCACAGGGAGGUGCAGGGUAAUGAGUCACCGCUGUUCAGGAGCUACUUCAAAAAUGGCCUCAUCUACAAGAAGGGUGGAGUGGCCUCAGGUUUUCAUCAUGUUGACACAAAUGUCUACAACGUCCUGCGACUGCUACAUGUCAAAGGGAGGAAGCAUGUCACCGCGACAGAGGUGGAGGUGUCAUGGAACAGCUUUAACAACGGAGAUAUAUUCCUGCUGGAUAUGGGGAAAGCCAUAGUGCAGUGGAACGGCCCCCAGAGCAACAGGAGAGAAAAGCUCAAGGCCAUCUUGUUGGCUCAGGACAUCCGGGACAGAGAGAGAGGAGGUCGAGCUCAGAUUGGUCUGGUGGAGGGCAGAGAUGAGCAGGCCUCUCCAGAGCUCAUGAAAGUCAUGAUGGCGGUGCUCGGCCCAAGAACUGGGCAGCUGAAGGAGGCCAUUCCUGAUGACGAACCUGACCAGGUCCAAAACACCAAUGUCAGACUCUACCACGUUUUUGAAAAUAGCGGGAACCUAGUGGUUCAAGAAGUGGCCACGCAGCCUCUAACACAAGAUCUGCUGCACUCCUCUGACUGUUACAUCGUGGACCAGAGAGGCUCUAAUGUGAUGGUGUGGAAAGGAAAACUGUCCUCCAAGGAAGAGCGGCAAGAAGCCCUUAACAGGGCAGUGGGCUACAUCAAAGCCAAGAACUACCCAUCCAGCACCAAUGUGAAUGUGAUGACCGAGGGAGGAGAGUCAGCAAUGUUCAAGCACUUGUUCAAAUCCUGGAGAGAUAGAGGGCAAACUCAGGGUUUUGGUACCACCUACAGCAUGGGAAAGAUAGCAAAGGUAGACCAAGUAAAGUUUGAUACAAUGGAGCUCCACGCACGUCCUGAACUGGCAGCACAGCAGCGCAUGGUGGAUGACGCCUCUGGAGAUGUUAAGGUGUGGCGUAUUGAGAACUUGGAGCUGGCAGAAGUAAAUCCAAAUACUUAUGGACAGUUUUAUGGAGGAGACUGCUACUUGGUGCUGUACACAUAUCAAAGAUCAAACCAGAAGCAGUAUAUACUCUACAUGUGGCAGGGCCGUCAUGCCACUAAAGAUGAGAUCACAGCCUGCGCCUACCAGGCUGUCAAUAUUGAUAACAAGUACAAUGGAGCCCCGGUCCAGGUUAGGGUGGUCAUGGGAAAAGAGCCUCGCCAUUUCCUUGCUAUUUUCAAAGGCAAACUCGUCAUCUUUGAGGGUGGUACAGGCCGACCUGGCGUGGUCGCCCCUGACGGAGGUGCCAGGCUCUUCCAGGUCAGAGGGACUAAUGAGCUGAACACCAAGGCCACUGAAGUGCUGGCACGGGCCUCGUCUCUCAACACCAACGAUGUUUUCCUGCUGAAGACCGACCAUAUAAUCUACCUGUGGUAUGGAAAGGGCUGCAGCGGGGAUGAGAGGGUGAUGGGGAGAGCGAUGUCUGAUGUGCUGUCCAAACAGGACAAGCAGGUGGUGAUGGAGGGCCAGGAGCCAGCUGAAUUCUGGGUAGCUGUGGGAGGAAAGGCUCCCUAUGCCAGUGACAAGAGACUGCAGAGGGAGGAGCCUCCCCACAGUCCCCGGCUGUUUGAAUGCUCCAACCAGACAGGUCAGUUCAGAAUGACCGAGGUGGAAGACUUCGCCCAGAGCGACUUGGACGAAGAAGAUGUCAUGCUGCUGGACACCUGGGAGGAGAUUUUCUUGUGGGUUGGAAACUCAGCCAACGAGUAUGAGACCAAGGAGGCAUGGAAAAGUGCACAAGAAUAUCUGAGGACCCACCCAGCAGGCCGCGACCCCGACACACCCAAAAUCAUUGUCAAACAGGGAUACGAACCGCCCACCUUCACUGGCUGGUUCAAUGCAUGGGAUCCUCAUAAGUGGAGCGUGAGCAACUCUUAUGAGGAAAUGAAAAAAAAGCUGAGUGAUCCAGCAUCUCUCUCACAGAUCACUGUUGAUCUGAACAACACUGAUCUCAAUAAAAGUCCUGUUGGGGUUAGUGGAGGUGGUAACAGGGCUCCAGGAGGCCCCACAAGCUCCCCUCCAGUCUAUAGGUUCCACGGAGGUGAUCUGUCCCCCAGACCCUCUACUCCCACCAGCCCGUCCACACAGAGAGCUCAGUCUUCUGCGUCCAUGACCCAGUCCCCCUCUUCUAGCUACACUCCAUCAUCCCCCGCUGGUGGCACUGUGUCCCCCUCUGCUGGAGGCUCUGGGAUGUAUCUGGACCCAGAGCUCCUCGUCAACAAGUCUCCCAGUGAUCUGCCGCAGGGGGUGGACCCCAGCCAGAGAGAGGACUACCUGUCUGAUGCGGAUUUUGAGAACCUGCUCGGAACGAGUCGCUCAGACUUCAUGCGCCUGCCAAAGUGGAGGCAGAGUGACAUGAAGAAAAAAUCAGGACUUUUCUGAAAAAGUUGGAUUACAUGAAGUAGUUGUCAAACCUUUAAAACAAAGGUAGCAUUUUAGCUGCUAGCUGAAAUAUGGAAUUGGUAGAGGCCUUGAUCAUUUCACAGCAAUAGAGUUAAAGUCAUUAAAAUGUCUACUAGAAUUAGCUUAAUAAUAUGAUUGUGAUUUAAAAGAAACUGAU